AUGGGUCACCAGUCAUGUACUGGAACUCACACAUGGCAUCGAGACAGAAAGCAGAGAGAUCUGUUUGUUUUUCAAGAAGAAGGAGAAGAAGGAGGAGAAGAAGAAGAAGAACAGAAUUUGCAAGAACAGAAUUUGCAAGAACCGAAUUUGCAGCAGGCCACUCCUGCAAAGUCAAAGAAGAAAAAAGAGAAAGCAAUAGAACCACCACUGGUGUCAGAAAUACCCCUAUAUCCCGGUGGAAAGGGAAACUAUAUUGCUGCACUUCGUACAUAUUGCCAGAAGCAUGCGUUGCCUAUUGAUUUUGAACUUGUUUCAACAAGUGGACCAUCUCACAGACCCAUGUUUAAAUUCAGAGCAAUCAUUAGUGGAGAGGCAUUUCCUGAAGGCAGAGGUAGCAGUAAGAAAGAUGCGCAAGGCAAUGCAGCCAGACUGGCACUUGAUGAACGUGAACAGUUGAUCAGAAUAUGUCUGGAAAAGCAGGCAAGCAUUAAGGAAGCGGCCCCACCUGCUCCUCAGCAAAAUGCACCUGAUAAAAAAGCUGUAGCUGGGAAUAACACGCCCUCUGCAUUUAAUAGUAAUACUGUGGACUACAUUGAUAUGCUUACUGACUAUGCAGCAAAAAGGAAUUUGUUGCUUGAACCACUUGAUUCUGAAGUUGGUGAUCCACCACGGCGUUUUUGUAGAUGGAAGGUUGGGAACAGAGUGUUUGCUGAUUGCUUUGGAAAGACUGUACUAAAAGCAAGGCGAAAUGCUGCACGGACAACUUACCAUAUUUUAGCAAAUGAAUUUGUUUCAAAGUUUAAAACUGGAUCAGUUUCUACUCAUUUCUCAUCGUCCUCAAACAUAGUGUCAUGUACAGAAAGUUUUGUGAACCGCUUUCUGUCUGAUUAUGUUAAAAAAAAGAACUUGAGAACAAGUUUUGUUGAAUCAUCAUCGUCUGCUUCUGGGGCAGUACAGUGUUUUUGUAGGUGGAAGAUUGGUGAUCGAGAAUUUGGUGAAGCCUGGGGGAACAGUAGAGCAGAAGCAAAAAAGAAUGCUGCAAGGCUUGCUUUUUAUACAUUAGUAAAUGAAGCUAUAGAGAAUGAAUCUGAGAGUUCUACUCGUACAAAGCCAUCUACAGCUGAUCGUUCUAGUCCAUCAGAUUCACGGAAAUGGAGAAAUGAUGUUCGCAGUAGGCCUUUAUCAUCUCCCAGUAAGGCGUUAUCACCAAACCGUAAGACAUCAGGUUCAUCUGUAUAUUCAGCCCCUCCAAGGUCAUAUUCGGCAGACCGUCCUAGCUUAUCAAACGUACAAAAGAGUAGAGUGGAGAAUUUUCAGAGUAAACCUUCAUUGCUGACCCAUAACACAUCAGUCCAGGCUGCUCCUGCUCGUGCUCCUUUAUUGCCCACCCCAACUGCCUCUCUUGUCCAGGCUGCUCCUGUUCAUGCUUCUUCAUUGCCCAGCCCAGCUCCCUCUCCAGCUGCAUCUCUGAAAAGACCUCCUGUAUCUAUGCCACUACAAGUAUCACCACUCUCUCUGACAGCACCAUCGCCCCUGGAUUAUACUGUUUUGUUACUUGCUUAUGCACAGCAAAGGAAUUUAAAAAUUGUUUCUGAUGAUUCUUAUUCUGGACUUUCACUUCCUCCAACAUAUUUGUGCAAGUGGAGACUUGAUCAGAGAGUUAUUGGUGAAGCUUAUGGACAAACACUGCAAGAAGCAAGACGGAACGCAGCAAAAUUUGCUUACGAAUUAUUGAUUAAGGAAGACGUAGCAGGCAAAGUUGUGAAUGAUUCAAUCCCGGUAGCGGCAUGUUCUACAUCUAUACCUACAGAAAACAACAUUCUUUCUUUGGUUAUUUUUGCCAAGAGAAACAAUUUGAAAAUUAAUGCUGUUGACUCUUUGUCUAAUCUCCCAACUCCACAAAAAUGUUGCUGUAAAUGGAUGCUUGGGCAACAAGUACUUUCUGAAGCUUAUGGAACAACAAUAGAAGAAGCAAGGCAGAAUUCAGCAAAACUGGCUUAUGAUGUGUUGGUUAAAGAACGCAAUACACAGAUAAAAGAAAGUACUUCAAUAGCAAAAGUUGCGAAAGAUUCAACCCAUAUAGCGGCAUGCUCUGCGUCAAUACCUACAGAAAAUCACAUUCUUUCUUUGGUUGUUUUUGCCAAGAGAAACAAUUUGAAAAUUAAUGCCACUGAUUCUUUAUCUAAUUUCCCUCUUCCGCAAAAAUGUUGCUGUAAAUGGAUGCUUGGGCAGCGGGUGCUUUCAGAGGCUUAUGGACCAACAGUAGAAGAAGCAAGGCAGAAUUCAGCAAAACUGGCUUAUGAUGUAUUGGUUAAAGAACACGGUACACAGACAAAAGAAAGCACUUCAGCAACAAUGAAAGAUCUUGUUCCUAAAUUGCCAUCAUCAAUGCCAUCACCUUCUGCAAGCUACGUCAGUUUAUUACUCGAUUGUGCACAGAAAAAGAAAUUGAAAGUUAAUGCUGUUGAUUCUUGGUCUGGCCUUACAAAUCCACCAGGAUUUGUUUGCAGGUGGAAGGUUGACCAGCAAGUGAUUGGGGAGGCUUUUGGUGGAACUAUAGAUGAAGCAAGACAGAAAGCCGCAAGAGUGGCAUAUAACGAAUUGAUGAAGGUAGACGCUGCAAAGGUUACAUCUGUGAAGGAGUCUGCUGAAGUGCCUCAGUAUAUAUCGUAUGUCAGUUUAUUGACUGCCUUUGCACAGCAGAAGAGACUGAAAAUUAAUUCUGUUGAUUCUUGGCCUGAUCAGUCAUACCCACGAAAGUUUGCUUGUAAGUGGAAACUGGGUCAGAGAGUGCUUGGUGAAGCUUAUGGAACAACAAUGGAAGAAGCAAGGCAGUAUGCAGCAAAAAUGGCUUAUAAUUUAUUGCUGAAAGAAGACAAAGAAUCGCUUACCACUGCCAGCUUUUCAAGUGCUGUACAAAUGAGUAGGAACCUAACUUACCCUCCAGUUCAGACAACAAUGGUCAGCAAACCUGUGCAGAUGCCAACACCGGUAACCAAUGCUGAUGGAAGAAAACGGAAGCCCGAAGAUCAGGUGUCUGAAAAGAUCAAAAAAUUGAGAGAGGAGGAAUUACAAAUUAGCUUGAAUUAUUUGCGGAAAGAAGAAAUGAAGCGCAGAGUGGUUGCUGAUCUCAGACGAAGUCAGUGCAUCUGUCUUCAGUUAGACAAACAAAGGGGUAAAACUAAACCACAAGAGACAUGGUUCUGGCCAAAAUUAUUCAUUAUAGAUGAUGAUGACGUUGAUGAUGAAGGGAGUGAAGAUGAAGAGAAGAAAGCAUUAGCAAUUGCUGACAAGUUAAAAACUUUGACCAAGUAUUUGAGAGACAGACAUUUUUACUGUGUAUGGUGUGGAAGAGAAUUUGAUGAUUGGAAGGACUUGGCAAACAAUUGUCCAGGACCCCGUGCUGAAUUACACAAGUGACUUCGCCAUUUGGGGAAUGAUAGCAUCAAAUCGGCCUUUCAUUGGAAACCACUUCAUAAGCUUAGCAUUUCAGAUCCUACAGAACAGAUGGGUUAACCGACAAAUGAUAAAUGAAAAAAAUCAGCAGAAGUUCAUGUUGAAUAAAGAAGGAGGAGGAAAAAUUAAAACAGAUCUAAUUUAUUUUAGAAUCCCUUUUGUAUUUUAUUAGAUUCAUUCUUAGUAUAUUCUUCUAAGUUAACUUAGCUGGUUUUAUGAUAUCAGAUUUGUUUAUUUGGAAAAAAGACUUUGCUUUACUUCUUACAGAAUAUGAUAAUUUAUCUCCCAUGGCAAAGUUUAGCUGUUGAAUUUUAUGAAGUAUGUGCAUAUUCAGAAAAUUUGUAGUUGAGUUCUUUAAUCUAGAUUUUAUUCACAUUUUGGCGACUGCAUGUUUUUAUGUUCAUGUUGCAGGCAUAUAUUUUGAAAAUUGAGACAUUUUUCAUGAAAAAAAAGUAAAAAGAUUGGAAUGUUACCGUGUUGUAACAGUGUAAUGAAACUGGCAUCUUUUUUGGGCAUUGCAUCCAUUUUCUCAAGUCAUCUUGGCAGUAUCACAGUUGAGUUGAUCCUCAGUACUACAGAUGCACUUUUGCAGACUGACCUGUUAUGGCAGUUGUAUUUUUUACCUAAGUCCUAGCUGCAGGAUGUUUGAAUGGGUUCAGAGAGCUAACCAAGGUUUCCUUAAACGGAACAAGUAAUAGCUUGCCCUCCCCCUAGAGGGAGAGGGUUUCACUUGAUCCUGUAGAGGACGCUUUGUGUUUAGAUUAUUGUAAAAUAAGGCAUGCUGGCAUCCUAUUGCCUAUGACAUUGUUGUACAUCAUGUUUCCAUAUUAAAGAAAAAAGUUUGUCAACCGCAAUACUGCAUACAAGACUAGAAAAACACCAUUAUCACAGAUUCCUGUUGGUUUAAGUAAUACAUAAUGGCAGUGUUCUAAAUGCUGCUUUAAGUUUUAUUUUAGUAUUCCUGACAGUAUGUAAACAGAGAAGACAUAAAAUCCUAUAUGCAUAGGGGCCACAGACCUUUCUCGGCACCUCUGUUUUCUGAACUUGGGAAUAAUGUGAUUUCAAAGUUGUGCAGGAAUGAAAAUGUGCAUGUCAGUAAAUUUUAGCAAAACAGUAACCCUUGAAAAUUGUGUCCUUUCUAAAUAAGUACAACAUAAGCCUUUUUCUAGUGAGAGAGGCAGAUGAAUCUUAGAUAGAAAUGUACUAUUUAAGUUGUCAGUUAAUUUUGUAUGUACAUAUUGCAUUUUUUGUGUCCAUUUAUACACUUAUAAAUUGGUUCUGCUGCUUUGAA